GGACAAAAGAAAGAGAAAUUGCCAAGGGACGACCCAAAGUUUCAAUCUUUUCCCACUUCAACUGCAUUUUAUCCAGUAUUAAGUAACCGUCAAGUAUCUGGAGGGGGACCCUUAUAAUAUUUCGCAAUUCAACUUCGAUUCGAUCCUGUUCCUGAAGAGGCUUUUUUUUCGGAUUGAUUCGGAUAGUGAAGUUUGGAUCUUUCUGCCGAGGUUGUUUCUGGGCAAAGGUUGGUUUCUUUCUUUAAUCGUUCAUGGUUUCGGUAUGAGGAGGGGUGGGCCUCCUUCCCCAUUUCCGCGUGGGGUCUUCUGGGGUUCAGAGUAACAGCAAGAAUCACCGAGGAGGAGGAGGAGAAAGAGGAGGAGGAAGAAGAUGGACAUCACGGAGGUUACGAUAAUCCACCACGCGGGCAUAGUGCUGCUGGGCCUCUGGCUGCUGGCUGAAUUCAAUUGGUGCCACCCAGUUGCCUACUUCAUCUCCCUGGUCUACCUCUACCUGGUUCAUGAGCGUUAUGUGCUGAGGUUGCAGAAGAAACUGCAAUUCGAGGAGAGGAAACAGUCGUACCAAAGGAGGGUACUCACCGAUUCGGAGACCGUUCGGUGGUUGAACCACGCAGUCGAGAAGAUAUGGCCUGUCUGCAUGGAGCAAAUCGCUUCGCAGAAGAUACUCCUUCCGAUCAUUCCUUGGUUCUUGGAGAAGUACAAGCCGUGGACUGCUAAGGAAGCUGUGGUCCAGCACUUGUACAUGGGAAGAAACCCCCCUAUCUUUACGGAAAUGAGAGUCCUUCGUCAGGGUUCGGAAGAUGAUCACCUGGUAUUGGAGUUGGGGAUGAAUUUUCUCACUGCUGAAGAUAUGAGUGCGAUUCUUGCUGUUAAACUAAGGAAAAGAUUAGGAUUUGGAAUGUGGGCCAAGUUGCAUAUUACAGGCAUGCAUGUUGAAGGGAAGGUGUUGAUUGGGGUUAAAUUCCUAGAACACUGGCCUUUUCUUGGUCGGCUGCGAGUUUGCUUUGCAGAGCCCCCAUAUUUUCAGAUGACUGUGAAGCCUAUUUUCACCCACGGGAUUGAUGUAACUGAACUUCCUGGUAUCGCCGGUUGGCUGGACAAACUAUUGUCAGUCGCAUUCGAGCAGACACUCGUUCAGCCCAAUAUGCUUGUCGUCAAUAUGGAGAAAUUUGCAGCACCUCAAAAAGAACCGUGGUUCUCCAUGAACGUGAAAGAGCCUCUUGCUUUUGUGAAAGUAGAAGUCAUCGAGGCAACUGAAAUGAAACCAGCUGAUCUGAAUGGAUUAUCUGACCCAUACGUGAAAGGACAACUGGGCCCUUACAGAUUUAAGACCAAAAUUCAGAAAAAGACACUGUCUCCCAAGUGGCUCGAGGAAUUUAGGAUCCCGAUCAUUACUUGGGAAACACCAAAUAUUUUGAGUCUCGAAGUCUGCGACAAGGAUCACUUCAUCGAUGAUGCACUUGGGAACUGUUCGAUAAAUGUUAAUGAUCUUAGAGAUGGGCAAAGACAUGAUAUUUGGGUGGCUCUUCAGGAUGUUAAAGUGGGAAGGUUGCACCUCGCAAUAACAGUGCUGGAGGAAAAUGCGAAGGGGGAUGGAAGUGUACAGGGGGAUGCAGAUAGCUCUGCUGGAGAAUCAUUAUUCCAGGAAGAGAAAGCAAGUUCGUUCGCUAAAGAGCAGCCUAAUAGAGGUUCAUUCUCUUCCCGAUCAUUGGAGAAAUCUCCACGAAUGGCAGAUAAGUAUGAGCCUAUAGAUAUUGAAGGGCAGAAAGAGACGGGGAUAUGGAUCCAGCAGCCUGGGAGUGAAGUUUCCCAGACAUGGGAACCUAGGAAGGGAAAGAGUCGGCGCCUUGACACAGAGAUCAUUAGGGCAGAGAAUGAUCCCUUGGCCUCGGAUCCAAAGAAGACUCCAGGGGGCACAGCUUAUGAAAAUCAGGAGGAGAAACAUUUGGGAAACCCUAUGAAGUGGGGCUUUAGGAAGAUCGGUUCGGUGUUCCACAGGAACCAGAAGAAGGAUGAUCAAGCCAGUAUUGACGGAGAUGCGGUUCCAUCUCCAUAUGUUAAUGUCCGAGAAAUUGGUUCCACCAAAAUUGGUGUAAAUCUAAUUGUUGAGAAGGACCAGAAUUUGAGCCCUGACGGGAGUGGAUCUGAGAGCCCGAGCAAAGGAAAUUUGAAGGACAAGGCAAAGGGCUUCCUCAAGCAAGCUGAGAAGUCGGCACGGUCACUUAAGCAGGUGUUGUCCAAGAAAGGUUCUAGAAGGUUACGUGGAGAAAUUCCGCUCGAGAAUAUCCCAUCGGACUCAGAUUCUUCGGAUGAUGAGUCUCUCCCACCAUCUGUAUAUACACACCGGGCGGACAGCAUCAUCCCAAUAGCUUCCGAGCCUAUUUCCUCAGGUGAAGGCAGUCACUCUCCUAAGUCGACAGAGAAGGGCGGCAGAGCCUCGACAGAUUCAAGUGAUGUUCCAAUAGAAUCCGAGAAUGUUGUGAAGGAAAAAGCAGGAUCCGUGGAUGAUAUUUCGGGCCCAAAACUUCCCAUUGCAGAUGUCGUGGAAGAAAAAAGUGUUGACUUGGAUGGUCAGAAAAGCUAGUCGAGUUUCUGAACAUCAGUCCAUAUGUUGCAUACAAUUACAUAAAGAAACAUCAUCCGAGUUUCAUUCGGUACGGGUUUUACUUUGUUAUUUUUCGAUUUUGUAGUUCAUGUCCAUAAUAUGUUGGGGUUGUGUUUACAAUAGUUUCUGCAGUAAAAAUAUCGAUUCAUUUUUUUUUUUAA